CGCCACCACUGUGAACAUAUAGGCCUAGUAAAUAGAUCACAUCAUACUUGAAACGAAAGCGAAACUUAUUACUACGUGUUGCUUCGUCACGGUUCUUGCGUAGGUAUAAUGUCUACUGAGGAUUAUAGCCUUGUGGAUGGUGAGUCUUUGAGAAGUCUGGACCAUGUACUGAGGGAAAUCAACAAAUACAAGACACAGCAUGAAGCAUUGCUGGCAGAACAAAAAAUAUUGAGAGAUGGCAUAGAUAAUAACAACGACUUUGCCAAGAAAUUUAAAAAACGUUCUGAGGAGAGGAAAUCGUCAAUUGAGGAUGAAAAAAAGAAACGUAAUAUGAUAAUUCAGAAAGAGAAAGCGAAGUGCAGAGCUGUACAGGACCAGAACGCAGACCUGCAGACGGAGAUCCUGAAAGUGAAGGAGGAAUUGCAUAACCUGGACCAAAGAAACACAAGUCUGAAAAAGCAAACUGAGAUCUCUACAGCGGUGCCUGAGAGGAGGGUUGUGUUUCGAGGAAAUACAAAAGAGGGAGCGCAUGCUGUGUGUUUUGAUGUGAAGCCCUGCAUAGUUUAUCCAAUGGAGGGUGGGACAGCACUGAUCACCUUUGAGGAAGAGGAUGUGGCUCAGAAAAUCUUGAACCUAAAGGAUCAUUCGGUGGAACUCGGGGACUGUACCAUCACCAUCCAGGCUAAACCCAUUCAGUUUCUGGUACCUGACUAUGUUGAGAUGGAAACACAGGUGUGCCCACGCAGAAUCCUAGUCUCCAACCUGCCAAAGGAAGAACCUGAGGAGAGAGUACUAGACAAACUGGACAUCCAUUUCUCUCGGACAAGGAAUGGAGGCGGCGAGGUUGAGGACAAGGACAUGCUGCACGACUCUGGCACUGUGGUCAUUACUUUUGUAGAUGAUAAUAUUGCCAAAGGUCUCUCUGACAAACAAGAUCAUGAGGUAGACUUUGGUAAGAGGAAGUACAGGGUGAAGGUCACUCCAUUCCUCAAUGGCGAGAUUUCACAAAUGAGUAUCUGUGACUCAGUGUGUCUGCGCACAGUGCUGCUGACGGGCAUCCCUGACAUCAUGGACAAAGACAACCUGCAGGACAACCUGGAGAUCCACUUCCAGAAGAGCGCCAAUGGUGGCGGAGAGGUGGAAGGCAUCAUCUACAACCCUCCAGGCCACACCACCCUGGCUUUGUUUGAUGAGGACUGUCCUAAAGACAGCUAGAGUGUGUGAGGAUGCUACAAAACCUCUACAGCCCAGAAAUUGAAUGCUGCCUUCAACUAAACAGAUCAUUCAUUCUUAACUGACUCUAUAGAACUGCUGAUUUGGGUCUAUUGUCAUAAAGUUAUAUAGUAUGAAGAUCCCUUCACCUCUUAUUUUCUCUAAUCGUGACAUCUUUUUCUAUUUUCGAAUGUACUUUAUAUAUUAAUAUACUUAAUGGAUAGAAAUUUGUAUUAUUUACAAUUCUUAGCUGUAUUUCUUGUCUUUUGAUGAUGAAAGAUCUAUUCAUAUUGGGUUAUGGCUUAUAGAGAACGAAGUCUUCAAUAAAUGGUAAUCAAAACUA